AUGUGUCUGCUGUCUGUUAGUUUCUCGGUCUGUCCGUCUCUCUGUUUCUCUUUCUGUUUGUGGCUCUUUAACGGUGCUGUCGAAGUCCUCUUUGUUAUCACAGGAUUGACGUUCUUCUUGCUGGUUGUGUUUGCGGUUGUCUCCGUUGGUUUCUAUGUCCACUGGAUCCAAAACACUAACAACAAAGCGAUCGUCAAUGGUAGUUUAAAGAUGGAACCCAAUCAAACCGCACAUUACAUCUGUGAUGUCGAUACCUGUCGUCUUGGCAACCAGAUGUCAUAUGCAACUAGUUACGGAAUAGCGAAGGACAAAAACAUGACAAUGUUUGUGGCUAAAGACCGGAUGCUGAACGGCGUCUUCGUCUUGGAUGCCACCAAGGUAGACAAAAUGGUUUGUGAUAAGACCACGUUACGAAAUCUCAAUGUAUGUUGUACUUAUAAGAAAACAUUCCUUAAUUUCGCCACAGACGCAGACUACAAAUUAGGAAAGUAUCUCCAGUCUUGGAAAUACUUCCAGAACCACGUCGCUGCCAUUAGAAGACAGUUCAGAUUCAAGAAACCCACCGUGACGAAAGCAAAGACCAUUUUACACUGCGUGAUGAAGGAGUAUAAACGCCGAACGUCAAACUCGACAAACGCCGAACCUCCCACGUUUGUCGGGGUACACAUUCGACGAGGUGAUAUAAACAGUGAUCGUUUAAAAUUUGGAUUUACUCUUGCACCAAAAGAAUAUAUAACUAAGGCUAUGGGAUAUUUCACUGGCAAGUUUUCAAAAGUGAUAUUCUUGGUUUGCUCCGAUUCAGUGGACUGGGUGAAGAGUAAUUUUAACUCGAGCAAUAAUAUAUUCUACUCCGUUGGAAAUUCACCUGAAGUGGACAUGUGUCUUCUGUCGUCUUGUAACCAUAGCAUCAUGACGGUGGGUACGUUCGGCUGGUGGGGUAGUUUCCUCGCUGACGGGGAGACAGUCUACUAUAAACACGCGGCUCGCGAAGGCUCGGAGCUGAGGAAGCAAUAUUCUGCCGACUACUCGGACUAUUUCUACCCCGGCUGGAUUGGAAUGGAUUGA